UCACACAGGUUUACAGACGGCACAGUUCAACAGUAAGCUGCCAGUGCGAGAAUGAAGAUCUCUGUGAGUUUUACGCUGUGGCUGCUGCUCGGCGCCGCCUCCAAGUGAAAGUACCGAUUAUCAGCAGUCUUUUCCUCAAGACAUCUACGCUGCGCUGAGAGAGAUGACCGCCUCAUUGGUUCAACUGAAGGCGGACGUGACGACAUUGCAGAGAGAAUUCCUGCAGACUCAAGUCCGACAGGUUGCAUUCUCAGCCUCUCUGUUGGAUGGCGGCCAAGCAGCAAAUGUAGGACCCUUUCCCUCGCCCCCUACCCUGGUCUUCCAAAACUUUAUCACCAACAUCGGAAAUGCCUACAACUCAACCUCAGGUGUGUUCACUGCCCCGGUGAGAGGAGCGUACAACUUUGAGUGGACAGUCGGUGCAUAUGCAGACGGCAGCCACGCUUCAGCUGCCUGGUUGGUCAGGAACUCAGACCAAGUUUUCAUUGCAUACGAGUAUCAGACGGCCGGUUUUAUGAGUUCCUCUAAAGCCGUUACGCUGCUGCUGAAGGUGGGAGACACUGUGUCUGUGCAUCUGGCGACUAACACAUUGGCGUUUGACAACGAAAAUCACCACAACACCUUCAGUGGGUUUCUGCUGUUCCCCAUGUGAGACAGAAACAGCAGCUCUGUGAUAGUCAUGCAGGUUUUUGUUGUCUUAAACAAGUCUUCAUAGCACUUCAUAGAUAUUCUCUGAUUUCAUCUGCAUCCAAAUAAUGAGAAUUAAUUAAUUGAUGAGUGAUUAAAAGUGAUUAAUGUUUAUGAUUCUCUCUUGUUUCUGUCAUUUUAAUCAAAUAAACACAUAUCAUUGCAAUUA